GGCAGCAGCGGCAUGGCUGCCGCCCGCCUUCUGUCGCGCUCCUUCCUCCAUGGACCAUGUGUUGAAGAUUCCAGGAAUAGGAAGGACUGGUGGAACAGAUUCUGCCAGGAAUAGCGGCAGAAAUACUUCCACAGUGCAACAGAAUGGAGUUCGGCAUUGUUCCUAUGUAGCUUCCCGGAAACAUCUCUAUAUUGAUAAAAAUACGAAAGUUAUUUGCCAGGGUUUCACUGGUAAGCAGGGCACCUUUCAUAGCCAGCAGGCAUUGGAUUAUGGCACCCAGUUGGUCGGAGGAACCACUCCAGGGAAAGGAGGCCAGACACAUCUGGGCUUACCAGUCUUUAAUACUGUGAAGGAGGCCAAAGAAAAGACAGGAGCGACAGCUUCUGUCAUAUAUGUUCCUCCUCCUUUCGCUGCUGCUGCCAUCAAUGAAGCCGUCGAAGCAGAAAUACCCUUGGUCGUGUGCAUUACCGAAGGUAUCCCACAGCAGGACAUGGUGCGGGUCAAGCACAAACUAUUGCGCCAGGGAAAGACGAGGUUGAUCGGGCCUAACUGCCCUGGAAUCAUCAAUCCUGGAGAAUGCAAAAUCGGCAUCAUGCCUGGCCAUAUUCACAAGAAAGGAAGAAUUGGUAUUGUGUCCAGAUCUGGCACCCUGACUUAUGAAGCGGUUCACCAAACGACACAAGUUGGAUUGGGGCAGUCUUUGUGUGUUGGCAUUGGGGGUGAUCCUUUUAAUGGCACGGAUUUUAUUGACUGCCUUGAAAUCUUCCUGAAUGAUCCAGCCACAGAAGGCAUCAUAUUAAUUGGUGAAAUUGGUGGUAAUGCAGAAGAAAAUGCUGCAGAAUUUUUGAAGCAACAUAAUUCAGGUCCCAAGGCCAAGCCUGUGGUGUCCUUCAUCGCUGGUUUAACUGCUCCUCCUGGCAGGAGAAUGGGUCAUGCAGGGGCGAUUAUUGCUGGAGGAAAAGGUGGAGCCAAAGAGAAGAUCUCUGCACUCCAGAGCGCGGGCGUUGUGGUCAGCAUGUCUCCUGCGCAGCUGGGAACCACCAUCUACAAGGAGUUUGAAAAGAGGAAGAUGCUAUGAAAAAGGAAACAGAAGUUCCCUAACCCUGUGGAAUGAAUCAUUAUGGAAAUGGGAAGCAGCAGCGGUUUGCUUCUCUUGUCCCCCAUUGUCAGCCCAUGUGCCUGUCGCUGGUCUGUCAGUAGCAGGAAGCCAAAAUAAGGUUCGGAACGUCCUAAAUUGAGAUGUUUCCACGUCAUUGUGUAACAGACAGCCAAUAAACCUACCAUUUGAUUUGAA